GACGUCUGUGAGUGCAUGUGGAAAAUCACGAAACUGCCCAGCUGCUGACAUGCAAACACAGCAGAAUAUAUCAGCAGAAAAAGCAAAUCUACCAACUGAGAAGAAAGAAGUGACACCAAACCUUGAACCCUCUGACAUCACCAAUGAGGAGAGUGACACAAGAAUGAAAGGGGAAGCAGACAUCCCAGAGCAGAUGUCCAGUGCUGAACUCCAGAUACCAGGUGACAGGCAGCUUCAGGUGGACCACAAGCCAGAGCAGGACCACAACUUCCAUGUCUCCGUGGGGUUUCAUCAAAAGCCCAAUCCAGGCUACUCCACUCUGCCUCUGCCGAAGAAAUCCGGUGGCAGCGCCAGCUCCCAGAAAUCCUUCAACCACCUCUCUUCCUCCAAAUACAGCACCGUGUCCUACCGCAGGAUCCGCAGAGGCAACACCCGCCAGAAGAUAGAGGCAUUUGAGCACAUGAUUAUGAAUUUGUAGGAUGGUUUUAAAGGAAAAUAAAAACUGCCAUAACACAAAAAAAAGAGCAUACAGGAAACUGAUUGCACAUCUACAGUUUACAUAUUUAUUUGUUCUAAAAUCUUGUACAUGGUAUUGGAAAAUCUCUGACGUAACUCCAGGUUUCAUAAAAUCUUUCAAAUGAAGAGUGCCAUUCAUAUCUUCUGUGUAGCAUCUGAUUGGAGAGCGAUGCCUAAAAACAUCCCAUGUCUAGGAUGUACUUCAUGUUUUUCAUUUGAUGAGGAUGAAAGCAUCUUGUUAUGUAAGGCAGGUAUUUGAGUAGCAGAUUACACAAAUAAGACGCUCAGGGCUUUAUAAUCCUAUAAUAACUAUGACGCUGUUUGGUAUUAGAGCUUCAGUGUUUUCAGGUGAUUUACUGAACACACAUACUAACAUGUCCCAAUGACUGGUGGAUAAGGACAAAAACAAUAAAGAAAAACAUGGUAUUAAAUCUU